AUGGAGGCUCCAAGGAAUGGAAGUCCCAGUGAUGACAAGGGACCACGAAUCCUUGCAGUCUUGUGGUCGUUAACCGCGCUGACCACCAUCAUUGUCGUGGCGCGCAUGUACAUUCGAGCUCGAAUCAUCCGUGAUAUCGGCGCUGAUGAUUACCUGAUUGCCGUCUCCCUGUUCAUGGGCCUCGUGUAUUGUGCAAUCACCACGGCCAAUGUCCUGAUCGGUUACGGGAAACAUGCUUAUGUUUUGAAUAACGCCACUGUCGAACUGGCCAGUCUGCUCAAUACGAUCAGCUUCCUGUUCGGCAUCCUCUCCUUUGCUAUUCCGAAGAUCGCAGUGGCGGCCAUGUUGACUCGAAUUCUUAACCCAGGGACGAUGCAGCGGGUUGUUUUAUGGACUCUAGUCAGUAUAGCCUCGGCAGUCUCCGGCAUUUGCAUCAUUCUCCUCUUUACGAUGUGUGACCCCCCAAAGGCGCUUUGGAGAACCCACCUGAUCCUGGAGGGCAAAGCGACCUGUCGGGACGUCUGGGUGCUCAUCAACUAUGCGAUCUUUACGGGAGCCAUAUCCGCCUGCGCCGAUCUCUACCUGGCCAUCUACCCCUCGACGGUGCUAAUGAAACUGAAAAUGUCUCUACGCAAGCGGCUUGCCUUGUGUGCAGCUUUGGGUCUCGGAGCCGUUGCCUCUGCCAUGGCCAUAGUCAAGUGCACACAGCUGCAUGGGUUGGCUGAUAAGACUGACUACACCUACGGCACAGCGGACUUGGUUAUCUGGACAAAUAUCGAGUCCGACGUCGUGAUCAUAGGUUCCUGCAUCCCGACUUUACAGCCCCUCCUCGAAAUGAUCCUCGGAAAACGCAGCUUGAAUUCCUACAGCAACAGUCGCAACCGCUACAAAGGAAGCAACCCCUUCCAGGAUUCCCCCUACGAGCCGAGUAAGCCCUCGCGCAACACCCGCAAGUCCGAGCUGGCCAUCACCAAUGUCGAGAGCCAGGAAAGCAUUCUGCCGGCCGACGAGUACAACCAAAAGGACACGCAUCCGAUGGGACACAUCCGGCGAACAGACAAUGUGACGGUGGAAUACGAGAGUCGCGAUGGGCGUAUUCCCGAAGGGCGACCUUCGUGGUGA